AUGGUCGCACCCUUUAGUCCGUGCUACAUGUUCCUGUAUGGCUCACUCAUGGACCCUGAAGUCUUACAAGCGGUCCUGAACCUCCCAGAGCUUCCCACCAUACGACCUGCAACGAUUUCCGGCUUCAAAGUCAGAAUGUGGAGUAUAUAUCCAGCGCUCAUACUUGGCAAUAGCGAUGAGAAAGUUUCAGGCGUGGUGUGGAAAGUAGAGAAGGAAGACCACUUCAAGCGUUUGCAGGAGUACGAGACGAGUGCUUACAUCUGGACUUGGUGCGAGGCGACUUUGGAUGACGAUAAGAAAGUCCGCGAGAAGUGUCGGACAUUUUGUUGGGCUGGUGACCCGGAUAGUAAAGAGCUGGAAGAUGGGAGUUUUGAUCUCGCGCGGUACCAGAGGGUACUCAAACCGUCCGUUGUCAAGAAGCGACCUGCAGAGUCAUGA